AUGGCUCAGGCUCUGACGACUACGGAUUUGGAGGGCACUUUGCCGCUCAUUGCUCGAGGCAAGGUCCGCGACCUCUACGAGGUCGACGAUAAGACCCUCCUCUUCGUUGCGAGUGAUCGCAUCUCCGCCUACGAUGUGAUUAUGGAGAAUGGAAUCCCCAACAAGGGCGUUCUUCUCACUCUCUGCACGCAAACAUGGUUCAAGACCCUGACGGAGGCCAACCCCUCGCUCCGCACCCACUUCAUCACCCUCGACCUCCCGCCCCAGAUCCCGGAACACCUCCGCCCCGUCCUACAAAACCGCAGUAUGCAAGUGCGCAAGCUGCGCAUUCUCCCCAUCGAGGCAAUUGUCCGUGGAUACAUCACCGGCUCGGCAUGGAAUGAGUACAAGAAGUCCGGAACCGUGCAUGGAAUUAAGGUCCCCGCCGGUCUGCAGGAGAGCCAAGCUUUCCCGGACGGCCCUAUCUACACCCCCAGCACGAAGGCAGAGCAGGGCGAGCACGAUGAAAACAUUCAUCCCGAUCAAGCUGUCGCCAUCCUCGGUGAACGCUACGCCGCAAUUGUCGCCAAGAUGGCUGUUGAGCUCUACAAGACGGCGCAUGAGUACGCUCUCAAGCGCGGCGUCAUUAUCGCCGAUACCAAGUUCGAGUUUGGCGUCGACGAGGAGACUGGUGAGGUCGUCUUGGCUGAUGAAGUCUUGACGCCUGACUCCUCUCGCUUCUGGCCUAAGGAGUCCUACGAGAUUGGUCGUGGACAGGCUAGCUUUGACAAGCAGUUCCUGCGUGACUGGUUGGUGAGCCAGGGUCUGAAGGGUAAAGAGGGUGUGCGCAUGCCCGAUGACAUUGCCCUCAAGACGGCGGAGAAGUACCAGGAAGCUUGGGAGAAGAUCACUGGAGGCACUACGAACUAG